AAGAAGUUGCUGUGACGCUAGGGGUGGAGCCGGCAUGUGAUGGGCGGUGACUUGUGCAGUGCAUUCGCUGAUUGGCGGAGACGCCGCGGUGCUGGAAGAACGUGACGUGUAGUGCAGGCCGAACCUACCCCGGGAUGUGCGCUGAGAGCGGCCGGGAUGUGGUUGCUGUGCGCGGUCUGUGCUGUGGUGCUGCUGCCGCCGAGCUGUGCGGAGAACGCUGCAUGUGACGAUGGGCAGUUCAAUAUUCAGCUCGACCUGCCAGAUGACCGUGCUUAUUUGUGUACCGGAGACUAUAUUCCUCUCCCAAAGCAGGUAUUACCCAGUGUUGCCAUCAGGUAUAAGCCGGAGAACUCCUAUCACGCUUGCAUGGACACUGCAAUAGAGUAUACAGCUGCAAUACCAAACAGUGGCGCACAUCGACCCAUAUUGGCCAAGUAUGGACAAUAUAUUUACUGCCCACCUCAGCGAUGGGUCCACAAUCUGCAGCAUGCGGGUGUAGCUUUCCUCUACCAUCCGUGUACACACUCCUAUCUGAAGGAAGCAUUCUUCUUGGUGGCCAGAAGCUGCACACCGAACCAUAUAAUCACACCACUCCCGACACUCUCCAGAGAACGGCCUAUAGCUUUGGCUGCAUGGUGCUCUACUCUUGAAAUGUCACACAUAAAUGUGACUGAAAUAAGGGAUUGGCUGAGGGAAAACCAUGAACAUCGCUAUGAUGCUGAAGUAGAUGUCUCCUACCAGCAUUUACUUAUCCGGCCAUCAUUGGUGGCAUCUGGUAACACCAGUAUCUGCUCAGAAAGGACAUUACGGCUACUAAAUCGUUCUUCAAACCAUGGAACCAGGCUAAAAAUGUAUAUCUUAAGUAAGAGGAGGAGGAGAGCAGCUUUACCAUUCAUCUCAGGUGUACAUGAUGUAGUACUGUCUGAUGCAUCUACGAGCACUUUCUCUGCUACACUAUCUGGGAUACCUACAGAGCCAGGCACCAAAAAUCAGGCUAACCUUUCAUUUGUAGCAAUUACUGGUGAUCAUCCGUCUCCAAAUCCUGUAACACCGCUGCCGCCUAAAGACACAGACCUUGGAGAUUCAAUAGCUGGUAUCCAUAGCCGGGAGACCAAAGUGCCAGAACUGCCUGUGGAAACCAAUGUAUCCAAUAUUAGAAAUAUCUCAAAGAGCUUACUUGACCCUAAUCUGGCACACUCCAUUGGAAAUAAUAGCUCAGAGGAGAAGGAUCAUAAUGAAAAGUCGGCAACACCUCCAGUCACACAACUAGUCUCCCCAGAAUCCCCACCAAAUAAGAAGUCUAUAAGCUUGGUCACAGGUUUUCCAGCUUCUACAAAACCACCAGAUAAAUUAACUGACCAGAAACAUUUGUCCACCAUUGCUGAGAAGCCAGAGUGCACUUGUCGCCAAGAUUCCACUCCGCAAUCACCAGCCAAGGUCCUAAGAAGACUUGGUGCUGGUCAGCAGAAGAACUCUGAUGUGUUUGUUUCCACCCCACGCACGGAAGAAGCGACUUGGGCAGCGGCAUCGCUCAUCUUUCUCUUGGCAUUGCUCACUUUUUCAGUCUUGUACACACAAAUCUAUAAGAAGUUCCGCAAGAGCCAAAGUCUGUACUGGGCGUCUGGAAGUAACUCUGAAGAAACAGAGACUGUAGCAUCAAUUAUCAAGAGGAGGUUGGUUCAAGGUCACAGCAAGCGCAAGAAAUGGAUCGGACGCAAGAAAAGCCCAGCGAGACUGUAUGAAAGCCUAAGUGAGAGUUCUGAUUAGCUCAAUCUGGAUUGGACACGUCAUGAGUCAUAUUAUUGAGUGUGGAAAAGGAAUCCUCUGCUAUGCACGGAUGAGACAGUCCUUUUGUGGCUAUAAUCCAUAUUCUUGGUAACACUAUAUUUGGGAAUCCUGCCUGGCAACUCUGUUAAUCUGGCUAGUGCUACUCCUAAAAUUUAACUUUGAAUAUUGGCUCAUCCCUCAAAAUGUCAGGGUUAGAGUGGGUCAGUCACAUGUACACAGUGGAGGUGGUUUUAUGAAGAUGGCCUGCGUGAUGUUUCCAUCAAUCAGUGUUGGAGAGAAUUGUUUUUAUCUUUUGGAAUUGGAGUUACCGCACCUUCAGAGCAUGGGCUAGACGCUUCAUGAAGUGAAAGGAUCCCUGUUUGAAAUUCACAAGUCCCAUAUAAUCUGGCCAUGUGCGUCACAAAGUACUGCUCCAUCUGCCCUGUCUGUAUGUUUUUAUUUUGUAGAUGCCUUUGCGCAUUCAGUUUCAUGACUUAAUGCAGUGGUUCUCAAACUGUGUGCCGUGGCACCCUGGGGUGCCUCAGGACACUUGCAGGGGUGCCCUUGAUUGGUGGUCCAGGACCAAUUAAAAUUAUUUAUGUUCAAUGUAAUACGCAAAACCAGCGCUAGUGGCUCUCAAUCAUAAAUUGUGGACAAACAGAAACAAAUCUUUUUCCGCACAUAUAAACACAAUUUACUUAAUGUAAUAUUCCUCUCUAAAUUUCUUAAUAAGAAACUAUUGGCCUAGGGAUGCCGUGAAAAGAAUUCUGAUACUCCUAGGGUGCCGUGAUUCAAAAAAGUUUGAGAACUACUGAUUUAAUGGAUUGUUCGCAAAAUUUGCCCAUACUUAGUCACAAAGUGCCUAAACAUUCUGCGUUCACCAAUGACACCACUCGCACUGUUGCAGAAGUGUAAGUAAAUGACACUCACAGCAGGUCAAGCCGGUGAUAUACUACUCUCCUGAUCAGCAGUGUUAACCCAAUCAGUAGGGGAUUGUACAUGUGUGUGCUUAGCUUUAGUCAGAGCCUGUAUUCCUGGCUCUAUCUUUUUAAUAGAACACUAAUCGUUUAGUUGGGAGAACCAGAAAACUAGCUGUUGGGCAUUACCAUAAUGGUUUUAGAAUAUAUCUAGUUCCCAAAUAUAAAAAUAUAUUUCUCUGACGUCCUAGUGGAUGCUGGGGACUCCAUCAGGACCAUGGGGAAUAGCGGCUCCGCAGGAGACAGGGCACAAAA